AUGAAAAUAGUAGAAUUUAGGCUUGCUAUGCCUUUAACCAUAGAAGAAUAUAAAGUAUGUCAAUUAUAUUUUGUAGCUAAAGCUUCAUUAGAAGAUGCAGAAAAUAAUAUGAAUAGUAAUUGUGAAAAGGAUGAUGAGAACAAUGAUUCAAAAAAAGGAAUAGUAAUAUUAAAUAAUGAAAGUUAUAUAAAUGAAGAUGGUACUUGUGGUCAGUAUACAUAUAAAAGAAUAAAUUUAAUAAAUAAGCUACCAAAGUGGUUAUUAAAUUUUAUUGAUCCUAAAUAUUGUAUUAUAGAUGAAAAGUCAUGGAAUUCAUAUCCAUAUUUAAAAACUGUAUAUGAAUCGAGUGGAUUUCCAAAGGCGAAGAUUCAAGUCGAAUCUGCACAUUUUAAUGGAUUCGACACUGAAGAUAAUGCUUUAAAUUUAUCAGAAGAAGAUCUAUCCUUAAGAAAAGUUAUAUAUGUAGAUAUUGUGAAUGAUAAAAUAUCUUAUAAAGAUUAUAAUGAAAAUGAAGAUCCAUCCUUAUUUUAUAGUGAAAAAGUUAAAAGAGGAAAACUAGAUAAGAACUGGAAAGAAAAUUAUCCUAUUAUUAUGACCUGUUAUAAGGUAUUUACUAUUAAUAUACCUUAUUUUGGUAUAUUCUGCUCAAAAUUAGAAAACUGGAUUAUAUCUGCACUUAAAGAUAAUAUUUUAAAAUAUCAUAGAAAAGCUUUUUGUUGGAUUGAUGAAUGGAUUGAUUUGUCUAUUGAAGAUAUAAGAAAUUUAGAAAACGAUGUUCAAAAGAAAUUGAAUCAAUUCUGGAACGAGCCACAAGACGAAAAUGUUACAGAUGGUAUUAUUGAUGAAGAAAUUAAUAAUAAGCAUGAAAAUAUUAAAGAUCAAUAUAUUAUACAUAAUAAAAAUAAUGAAGAAAAUAAUGAUAUAAUAGAUUCCUUUACCUUUAAAAAUAAUCAAAAAGAUACAACACAAAAAAAUAUGUCUAAUAGUGAUAAUAUUAUGAAUAAUGAUAAAAUAUGUAAUGAUAAUAAAAAUGACACAAAUAUUUAUUGUAAUGGAAAUAUUAUUAAUAACGAAUCUACAAAUGAACAAAGUUUAUCUUAUUCUAAUGAAAAAGGAAACAAAGAAAUAUCAGAAAUAUUUACUAACGGAACUUAUAAUAUAUCAUCACUAAAUAUGGAUAAUGAUAAUUUGGAUUUUAUAUGUACCAAAUAUAAUGAGCCAUAUGAUGAUAAUAAUAAGGAGAAUAAUAAAGACAUGGAAAAAAAAAAAAAUAUUAACAACAUGGAAGGAGAAAAAAAGCAAAGUACUCAAAAUGAGGAUGCACCAAAUAAUAAAAUGAUAAAUACAUAUGGUGAUAAUAAUAUCAAUAAUAUGAAUAAUAUCAAUAAUAUUAAUAAUAUUAAUAAUGUUAAUAAUAUGCAUAAUAUUUGUAGAAAUAAAAGUGUUAUUACUAAAAGCAAAUCUCUAUUAUUCCCCAACGAUUUAACAAUUCAAAAUAAUAUCAAUGAAAACCAUAAUAAUGUUAUAGAAAAUAUAAAAAUGAAAAAAAAGAAAAAAAAAAAAAAAGAAAAAAAAAUCGAAUCAGAAAAUUACUUUUUCUUUAAGAAAAAUGAAGAAAACAAAGAAUUUGGUGAAUACUUAUACAGACUAAAUGAAGGUAUGUUUUAUUCAUGGAAACUUCGAUAUUUUGUUAUAAAAAAUAAUAAAUUGUAUUAUUAUGUUGAUAAUACUAAAAACGAACUAAAAGGAGAAAUUGAUCUUCUAAAUGCACAGAUACAAUGGAUAGGUGAAUAUAAAGGAAGAAAUAGUGUUUUUGUAAUAAAUUCUUUAUCGAAGAAUGUUAAUUAUUUAAGUUCAGAGAAUGAAAUACAAACAAAGAAAUGUAUGAUAGAUAUACAAAUGGCUACCUUGGUCAAUAGUGAAAGUGUAAAAAAGAGAGAGAUUAAACAAGAAAAUGGCCAUAUUGUCAGUAAGGGGGUACAAAAUGGAGAUAUCCAAGAAGAUGAAGAAGAUGAAGAAGAUGAAGGAGAUGAAGAAGAUGAGGAAGAUGAGGAAGAUAAGAAUGAAGAAGAUAAAGAUAAAGAUAAGGAUGAUAAUGAAGAUGACGAUAAUGAUGAUGAUAACGAUGAUGAUGACGAUGAUGAUAACGAUGAUGAUGACGAUAACGAUGAAGAUGACGAUAACGAUGAUGAUGACGAUAACGAUGAUGAUGACGAUGAUGAUGACGAUGACCAUAACCAUGAUCAUAACAACCACCAUGAUAACCAUAUUAAUAAUAAUAAUAAAGACAUAUCUCAUUAUAAUACAGAAAAAAGCAAAAGAAUAGAUGAUAACAAAGAAUCACAAAAUAUAUCUAAAAAUAAAAAUGAUACAACUAUAAAUAAUUAUAACCUACCAUGUUCAAAAGAAGUAAAUAAAGAGAGCCAUAUAAAUAAUAAACAUUAUAAUAAUUAUAUAUGUGUAGAUAAUAAAGACGGAAUUGUUCAUAGUAAGUUAAUUCUUAACGAUAAUGAUUUAUCACAAUGUCAUAAUGAAGACAAUAAAACAAUUUCAAAUAACUCACAUUAUAUAUCCACAUUACAAAAUAAUAAUACUGAUCAAUUUAAUGGUACGUUUGCUACUAAUUAUGAUCAUAUAUUUAAUAAGAAAACCGAAAAAGAGACUUGCUCUUCAAAUACAAAAAUGAAUAAAUUAAAAAAAAAAAAAAAUAAGAAACGACUAAAAAUUAAAAUAAAAGAAGAUAAGAAUAAAAGUGGUGAAAGCGGGUUGAAUAAUUAUAGAGAUAAUAAAAUAGAUAAAAAUUUUAAUAAAAGAAAUUCCAUAAAAUUUAAAAAAUUGAAUGAUAAUAAAUAUGAAGGAUAUACAAAGAAUAAUAAAAAUAAAUAUGACAUGUCUUAUAUAUAUGAUGAUGAAAAUAAUAAAGAAAAAAAAAAGCAUGGGAAAUAUAAAACAACUCGUCAGAAAUCUCACAGGAUGAGUGAUAAAAGAAAACUAUUAAAUUAUUUUUAUAAGAAGGAUAAUUUAUAUUAUAAUAAUAAUUAUGUUGAUAAGUUAUAUAUGAAUAUAGAUCCAUGUGGACUAUAUGAUAUAAAAAAUAUUAUUAGUACAUUAUUAAAUGUGGAAACAAAAAAUGUAAAUGUUGAUACUUUUAAAAAUUUAGAAUCACAUAUUACAAAAUUACCUAUAUUUAAUAAUAAAAUGAAUAAUAAAAAAAGGAAUAAAGAUAUUUAUUUAUUUUAUUUUAUUUUUAAUAUCAUAUCGAUCAUGUCAUGUAUCUAUUCAUUUAUAUCAUUAUAUUUAUAUUUCAAAAUCUUUUUCCUAUUGUUCUUUAUGUUAUUCGUUUGUAUAUGUAUUAUAUAUAUAUACAUAUAUAAUCAUAAGCCAAUUAAUCAUAUAUAUAGGUGUUCUUUAAAUAUACCGCAUAAUAUUAAUUAUGUAAUAAAUUUUUUGACAAGCCAUAAUAAAUAUCAUUCAAACGAAAUAAAUAAAAAAGUAUUUAAAACCAAAAAUGAUAAUAUACAAUAUGUUUAUAGUACAUUUUAUAUUAGUUGUAAAAGUGUCUUCUUUAAAAUAUUUCCUUGUCACUUAUUCUUUAAGCCAAGGAAAAUCUUGUCAACUCAGUUUACUCAUAUUUGUAAUAACGAUAAUAAUAUGUUGAAGGAUAAUGAAGGAGGAUUACGUAAAUAUAUAAUUCUUCAAUAUACAAAUUCAAAUACAAAAGCAUUACUUAAGUGUUUGGAAUUUAAUGAAGAUAUUAAUCAUUUGCAUAUGAAUAUAUAUAAAAAAGAAGUAGGUUUAAACGAUAAGGAGGACGAAUUUUUCAAGCAAGGACAUUUUAAAGUUCAGGACGUAAAAAAUGAGAGUUUAAAUAAUGAACAGAUUAAAAAUAAAUAUAAUGAUGAAGAAAAAAUGAAUACAUCAAGUAGUUUAAAAAGUGAUUUUAUGCAAAAGGUUGAAUCACAAGAUAUUACUCUAAAAGAGGAUUGUGAUAUGAGGUCUUCAUCGAGGGAUCAAAACAAUAAUAUAAAAAUGGAAAAGGUCCAAAUGAAAAAAAAAAUAAAAAAUAAUAAUAAUAUUAAUAAUAAUAAUAAUAAUAAUGUGGAUAAAUGUAAGGAGGUAACUACAAAUGAAGAAAAUAAGAAUGUAUUAAAUACAAAUGUAACAUGCUAUCAUGUUGAUGAUGUCUUAUCAUCUGAUAAGACAAAGCAUAAAAAAAACAAAAAUGAAAUAAUUCCUGAUAAUAAUAAAAGUGAUGAUUAUACUAAAAAUGUUGAUGAUACAAAAAAAUAUUCUAGUGAUAUAAAUCAAAAUAUUGAAUAUCCUAUUUAUAAAAAUUUCAAUUUUAUGACGAUUUAUUGUUAUAAACAUAUGAAAAACGUAUUAUUUAAUAUAAGAAACAAAAUUAUAUAUUCCUUCCUUUUGAAAUAUAAAUAUGUGUAUAAAUAUUUUAAAAAUUAUUAUUAUAAUAAAUAUGUAAAUGUUGAUGGAUGUGAUAUCUUUUUAAUACAAGAAAAAAAGGACAAUACUUGUGAACUCAUUUUUUAUACUUAUUAUAAUUAUAAUUGUUUCUUUUUUAAUGAAUCCAUAAAUUAUAAUAGAUGUAAUUAUAUUCGUGAAAAAUUAUUAUCAAUUCAUAUUCCUGAAUAUUUUAAACAUGAGGAUAUUUAUUAUGACAAAUAUUAUGUAGAAAAAAAGAAUGAUACAUUAUUAUUUCUUGAAAAAAAAAAAAUCGAAAAAGAAAUAUGUAAAAAUAUAUUUUCUAAUAUUAAUAGUAAUGAAACAUAUAAUAAAAAUAUAUUAUCAUAUAUAUAUGAAUUAACAUAUAAAGGUUAUUUUAAUGAAAAAUUUUUAUCAUGUAUUGAUAAUAUAGAUGAUACAUUUUUUAUAAGAAACAUAUCUAAGGUCUUUUUAUAUAUAAUACAAAAUAUAAAUCUAUAUGAUGUAAAAAAUUUUAAAAAUAUCAGCGAAUUUAUAAAAAAUAAAAAAAAUAAAAUUGAUUAUACAGAUGAUAAUUUUAUAUCUAAUAUUAUUCAUUUAAUUAAUACAUUACCUUUAUUACAUCAUACAUUCUCUACUUCACUUAUAUUUCCAAAAAAAAAUGAAAAAAUUGAAUGUUCCUAUGAAAAUUCCAAUAUUGAUAUUACUCUAAAAAAUGAUGAUCCAAUAACAUUCUCUUUCAUAGCAGAAAAUAAUAAAAGCAAGACGAAAAUUACAUCAGAACUUAUUUUUAACACAAUAUGUACAUUUGAUGAAAUAAUAAUAUAUAUGGAAAAUGAAAUACAAAUAACUAAUAAAAGUAAUUAUAGUAUUACCUUUAAUUAUCCAUACAUAUUAUUAAAAAAUCUAUUACAUGGAUAUAUGAGCUUUUCGUUUGCUGAUAAAAUGGUUAUUAAGGAUACUCUGAUGAAUAGUGCGGAAAUUAGGUUUAUUGAUAAGCACAAGUCUAAUGGAGAGUUGUUUGGGGUCAUUAAAAGAAAUGAAUUAAUUACCGAUUUUUUGAGCGGCAACAUUUUUGAUAAAAUAAUUUUAAAUAACGAUAAAGAAUUUAAUAGUAUGAAGGAUAUUAAAAUAAAUGUAAUACACAAAGAAAAUACCAAAAAUUUGAUAAAGUCUUUUUUUAGAUAA